AGUAAUUUAAUGCUACAUAAAAUAUUAUUAAAGCGCUGAAACCAGAAAGCGUGAGGUUGUUUUCGUCGAGACGAAGUAAGAAAUCCAACCCUUACUCCACAAUUCUCAAUCCCUAAUAUUGAACACUUCUUUGUUCAUAGAUGAACACGUCUCAGUUUAUGGACAAGCAGAUAAUGGAUUUGACCUCUUCUUCAACCUCAAAUCAAUCACCCUCGUCUUCUUUCCCCAAGCAAACCACCACCACCGCCAGCAGAGAUUUUAUUGAUCUGAUGAAUCCUCCCCAGGAAGACAGUCAACACCAGAGUCAAUAUAAUUCCAAUACUAGUUCCAUCAUUGGAAGUGCUGGUGAUAAUGGGAUUAGGAAGGAGGAGAUCGUUCCCAGUUACAAUUUUCAGCCGAUUCGUUCUAUUGCUUCGAGUCUUGACUCUUCCCUUGCUGGUCUCGGAGCUCCAACUUCUGCCUCUAGGGUUUGGAAUCCCGCUGAUUCUAAAUCUAAUACCGUUCACAAUUCUGCUGCCAUGCCUAUCAGAAAUUAUGGUUCUGUGGACUCUAUUGAACCUGCAAGUGUCAUUUUUGAGAAGGAUCAAAAUGCUUCUGAUGUAGCAAUAGUGUCUGAAAUUGAUAAAUCGAUGAAGAAAUAUGCUGAUAAUUUGGUGCAUAUUCUGGAAGGUGUCAGUGCACGACUGACACAACUGGAGAGCAGAACCCGCCAUCUUGAGAAUUCUGUGGAUGAUUUGAAGCUGUCCAUUGGAAACAAUCAUGGAAGCACAGAUGGGAAAAUGAGACACCUGGAGAACAUUUUGAGAGAGGUGCAAACAGGGGUACAUCUUUUAAAGGAGAAGCAGGAAAUAGUUGAGGCUCAGUUGCAACUUACAAAGAUGCAAGUGUCUAAGGGAGACCGGCAACAAUCGGAAACCAAAAACUCUGGGCACAUGGACACUGUGCAGCAAGCAGCAUCUGCCCCUCCACAAUCUCAUCAUCAGCUGCAACAAGCAGCAUCUGCCGCUACACAGUCUCACCAACAGCUUCCUCCCAUCACUUUUCCGCAGUUCAUUCCUCCUGUUCCUGUUCCUCCUCCUGCUGUCCCUCCACCACCUAUUACCCAACAGAAUUUGCUACCUCCCGCUCCACUUCCAAACCAGUUACCACAGAGUCAGAUUCCCUCUGUCCCUCAGAGAGAGCCUUACUAUUUGCCACCUGGUCAAACGCAAGAACCUUCAAACCAGUUGCCACAGAGUCAGAUUACCUCUGUCCCUCAGAGAGAGCCUUACUAUUUACCGCCUGGUCAAACACAAGAACCUCCAAAUCCACAAUACCAGGUAUCUCCAUCACAGCAGUCACAACCCUCUCGUGCAGGACCACCGCAUCAAUCAUAUCAACUUUCCCCUCAACCACAGUACUCUCAGCCACCCCAGAUGCCUCAACCUUCAGUUUCAGUAUGUCACCAUCCUGAAGAGGCACCUUAUGUUCCCUCUCAGAGUUACCCAUCAAGCUUACGCCAGUCAUCCUCUCAGCCAGCUAGUGGGGCUCCUCCUUCCCCGCAGUUUUAUGGGGCUCCUUCUCACAUAUUUGAACCACCAUCCAGUAGACCAAGUUCUGGGUUUUCAGCUGGAUAUGGCCAACCUUCUGGUUCUGCUGAGCCAUAUCCUCAUGGCGGACCACCUUCUCAGUAUGGUAGCAACCCUCCAAUGAAACCACAACAGCUCUCUUCCCUUGCUAUGUCUCACAGUGGUGGAAGUGGGUACCCUCAGCUUCCCACUGCUCGGAUAUUACCACAAGCAUUACCUACUGCUUCUGGGGUUGGUGGUGGCUCUAGUUCUUCUGGAACUGGAAACAGGGUUCCCAUUGAUGAUGUGGUUGACAAAGUGACUAACAUGGGAUUUCCAAGAGAACAUGUUCGAGCAACUGUUAGGAAAUUGACAGAGAAUGGUGAAUCAGUUGAUCUGAACAUAGUGUUGGAUAAGCUGAUGAAUGAUGGAGAAGUCCAGUCCCAGAGAAGUUGGCUUGGUCGGUGACCUAUCCUUUUACUCACGCCGAUGUAUAGAAUUAUUACUUGUUUCUGGAUUGACUUUGCGGAGGGAGACUGUUUACGAGGAGAAGAUGGAUUAUUCUCCCCUGGACAAAAUGCUUCUUUCUUUCUCACACUUUUUUUUUUUUUUAGUUUAUUGGUUGUGUUAAAAUCUCAUUCAUAUUUGUCUUGUCUAGCUCUGCUUUUGUGACUACCUGUCUUAUUCCGGGUUGUGAAUACACAAUAAUAUGAAGAGGUUUAUUAGUGUUCCAUUUGUUUA